UUUUUUUCGCAAAAGAAGGCUUCAAAAUAAAGAGCCUAUUUGUGCCGUCAAAAACGGAAGAAAGAAAAUGGGAGAAGAUGGCAGAGUAGAUGCUCAAUUUUUUCAACUGCUCUCUACCCUUCUCAAUCAAGUGGAAUCACUAACCAAUCAAGAAGAAGUUGAACUGCGGUCCAAAAUUGAAACACUUGGUUUAGAGGUUACAAAAGAUCUUUCCAAGUCGAAAAAUAAUCUCAGUGAGCUAGAAUUAGCAAGCGAGUUGGAUAAACUGUCAGCAAAGUUGGACAGUGCUGAUGAAAUGAUAACUUCAGCCAUGGCUGCAGAUCCACAGGUUCAAUCUCUCUUGAGUGGUACUGCUGAUGUAUGGAUGCCAGUCAUUACAGCUACAGCUGAUGAACGGCGCAAUUUUACAGCAUCAGUUGGAGAUGAUACAUCUGAGGAGAAAGCAAAAAGUUCCAACUGAUUCGAAAUCAUUAUAGAGUACAUGUUUGCCUUCUCUCAACAAAUUGAGACUUCACAUCUGUCCAAUAUUGCAUAAACAUAUUUUAUUUCUUGAGAUAGAUAAAAUAUCGUAUUUAUCUAUUUAUUAAUACAGAAUUUAAAGAGUUAAUUAUUUCAA